AUGAGUGAUGCCGAUUUUAGUGAGGUAGAAGAUGAUAGUGCAACAAGUUCAGCACGUGCAAGUGAUAGUAAACGGCAUGCCCGCGCGCAGCAUAAUGCUUUAGAACGACGUCGUCGUGAUAAUAUCAAGGAUAUGUACGGUGCUUUAAAGGAUGCUAUUCCUGGCAUGCAGAAUGAAAGAGCUUCACGGGCUAUUGUUCUAAAGAAGUCAAUCGAUCUAAUCACUUCAAAGAAGGCCGAUUUGGAGAAAAUUUCAGCGCAGAAUCGCAAAUUGGAACAGGAAAACGUUACAUUGGAGCAUGAAAUUGAGCGUUUGAAGAGAACAUCCGAAAGUCAAAUUAGUGAAACGGUAUCGGGUGAUGCAAAUCGGCGGACGAACAGAAGUGAUGCAACAUCUGCAACAUCGAGAAGUGAUGUUUCCCAAUUGAGUGCACAUCUCAAUCUUCCAAACCGUAAACGCCCAGCUCCAAGUGAUGACCAAAGUACUAUCCCAAGAAAUACCUAA